GGGAGAUGGUGUGGCUAAUAAUCUUUAAUAAUGAUGCCAAUCCCAUCUUCUCUAAUCUGUUUCGUCUUUUCCAUCUUUGCUUCACUCCAAAGCCCCUACUCUAUUUUACUAAUAAAUAUACAGGAGAUCGGAGACAGAAAGAGAGAGAGAGGGAGAGGGAGAGGGAGACCCAAUGCAAAUGCAAAAUGCAAAACUCAGAAAACCGGUUUGGGUUUUGACGCCAAUGCUAAUGCCGAUGCCGAGGCACCACCAUUUCCACCACCGUCACCACGGCAGCAACUUCAUCGGGCUGCUGCUGCUGCUGCUCCUCCUCCUUGUUUCUCCAUUUUCUCGCUCUUCAGCGAAUAAUAUUGAAGUUCUGACGUUAGUUUCAUGGCUUCGAAGCUCUCCCUCUCCGCCACAUUCAUCUUUUUCGAACUGGAAUCCGUCGGAUUCCAACCCUUGUAACUGGACCCACAUCACUUGUUCUUCUCAGAAUGUCGUUACCCAGAUCGAUAUUCAAUCCAUUGAGCUGGACCGUCCCUUCCCUUCUCAUGUUUCGUCGCUCAAAUCCCUGCAGAGAUUCACCGUUUCCGGCUCUAAUCUCACCGGGAGCAUUCCACUCGACAUCGGAGACUGGGUUUCACUGACACUGAUAGAUGUCAGCUCGAAUAGUCUGGUUGGUAGUAUUCCGGUGACAAUCGGUCAGCUCAAGAAUCUGCAGCAUUUGAUACUAAACUCCAACCAACUAACCGGGAUGAUACCGCCGGAGCUCGGCCAUUGCAGCAGCCUGCGGAAUCUGCUUGUGUUUGAUAAUCAGCUCAGUGGGGAACUUCCGGCGAUGCUCGGAAAUCUAGUGAACUUGGAAGCUAUAAGAGCUGGAGGGAACAAAGAUAUCGCCGGAAAAAUUCCUGAUGAGCUCGGAAACUGCCAGAAUCUUCAGGUUCUUGGACUUGCUGACACAAAGAUUUCUGGGUCUAUCCCUGCUUCACUGGGUAAGCUAAGCAAGCUUCAAACUUUAUCAGUUUACACUACAAUGCUUUCAGGGGAAAUACCACCGGAUUUAGGCAACUGUACGGAGCUUGUGGACCUGUACUUGUACGAGAAUAGUCUCUCUGGUUCACUUCCACCGGAAUUAGGUAACCUUAAAAAGUUAGAAAAAUUGUUACUGUGGCAAAACAAUCUUGUCGGGCCCAUUCCUGAAUCUAUUGGAAACUGCGGAAGUUUAAGGGUGAUCGAUCUUUCUCUGAAUUCUGUCUCUGGAAGCAUACCGGCGUCUUUUGGGAACCUCUCGAAGCUUGAAGAGUUGAUGAUCAGUAACAACAACAUCUCCGGCUCAAUCCCGCCGGCUAUUUCCAAUGCCUCAGCGAUCAUCCAGUUACAGCUCGACACGAAUCAGAUAACGGGUACUAUUCCGCCGGAGCUGGCGAUGCUGACGGAGCUGGCCGUCUUCUUCGCUUGGCAGAACAAGCUCGAAGGAUGUAUUCCCUACGAAUUGGCCGGUUGCAGAAGCCUACAAGCCAUGGAUUUGUCCCACAAUUUGCUUACUGGAAGCAUACCCCCGGGCAUAUUUCAGCUUCAGAAUCUAACAAAGCUUCUGAUAAUUUCGAACGACAUCUCCGGCGCCAUCCCCCCGGAGAUUGGUAACUGUAGCUUUCUCGUUAGGCUUAGGCUGGUCGGUAAUAGAAUCAGUGGUCGGCUACCAAAAGAAAUUGGGCUUCUCACCAGCCUCAGUUUUCUUGACCUCUCUGAAAACGAUCUUGCCGGAUUUGUUCCGGAUGAGAUCGGAAAUUGCACUGAGCUUCAGAUGCUUAACCUGAGCAACAACUCUUUUGGUGGCAAUUUGCCUAGCUCGAUAUCUUUUAUCAGUAAGCUUCAGGUGCUGGAUGUCUCGGUUAACAAGUUUGAGGGUGAGAUUCCGGCGAGUUUUGGCCAUCUUGAUUCUCUUAAUAGGCUGAUUCUGAGUGGAAAUUCUCUUUCUGGACCCAUUCCAUCCUCGCUCGGGCGAUGUUCAAGUCUGCAGUUGCUUGAUCUUAGCAGUAAUGCAAUCUCCAGCGCCAUUCCGGCCGAACUUUUCAGAAUUGAAGGCCUUGAUAUUGCUCUGAAUUUGAGUUGGAAUGCUAUAACAGGGGUGAUUCCGCCCCAAAUUUCUGCUCUCAACAAGCUCUCCACAUUGGACUUGUCUCACAACCAGCUUGGAGGCGAUCUGAUGGCGCUUUCUGGGCUCGAAAACCUCGUUUCUCUGAACAUAUCCUAUAAUAACUUCACCGGUUAUCUUCCUGAUGGUAAGCUUUUCCGGCAGUUGUCAGCGACAGAGUUAGCCGGCAACCAAGGACUUUGCCCUACGGGCCAUAAUUCAUGUUUCUUGAGCAAUGCCGGGGGGCUGGCAAUGCCAAAGAGCAGUAGUUCAUGGCGCUCGAAGAGGCUUAAGUUGGCCAUUGCACUACUUUCUGUUCUGACUGUGACACUGGCUAUUCUCGGCGUAUUCGCCGUUUUCGGAGUUCGAAAGAUGAAUGGGGACGAUGAUGAUUCUGAAAUGGGGGGAGGGGGAUCAUUGCCUUGGCAGUUUACUCCAUUCCAGAAGCUCAACUUCUCUGUUGAGCAGGUUUUAAGGUGCCUGGUGGAAGGUAAUGUAAUAGGAAAGGGCUGCUCGGGGAUCGUUUAUCGAGCAGACUUGGACAACGGAGAAGUCAUUGCCGUGAAGAAGCUAUGGCCGACGACAAUGGCUUGUCGAUACAAUUCUGGGAACCAUCAGUUUGGGAUCAAUGGAGUUCGCGAUUCUUUCUCAACCGAGGUGAAGACCCUUGGUUCGAUCCGGCACAAGAACAUAGUGAGGUUCUUGGGAUGCUGCUGGAAUCAAAAUACGAGAUUGCUGAUGUAUGAUUACAUGCCUAAUGGGAGCUUAGGCAGCCUGCUCCAUGAAAGAAGCGGCAGCUGCUUGGAAUGGGACUUGAGGUACCGAAUUAUACUGGGGGCUGCUCAAGGCCUCGCUUAUUUACACCAUGACUGUGUUCCUCCCAUUGUCCACAGGGACAUCAAGGCCAACAACAUUCUCAUUGGCCUUGAUUUCGAGCCCUACAUUGCUGAUUUCGGCCUUGCCAAGCUCGUUGACAAUCGCGAUUUCGCUCGAUCCUCCAACACUUUGGCCGGAUCCUACGGCUACAUUGCUCCAGAGUAUGGAUACAUGCUGAAGAUCACAGAGAAGAGCGACGUGUACAGCUAUGGCGUUGUGGUGCUAGAAGUGUUAACUGGGAAGCAGCCAAUUGAUCCAACAAUACCAGAUGGGCUGCACAUUGUGGACUGGGUACUGAGGCAGAAGAAGGGUGGAGUCGAGGUCCUGGACUCGAGCUUACGAGUUCGGCCCGAAUCCGAAACCCAGGAGAUGAUGCAGUGCCUGGGGGUGGCUCUGCUCUGCGUGAAUCCCUCGCCGGAUGACAGGCCUACCAUGAAGGAUGUGGCGGCAAUGCUCGAGGAGACAAGGCAGGGGAUAGAGGAGUUUGCAAAAGUUGACAUUCUUGUUAAAGGAAAUGAAGGUGACGAUCAUGGCAAGAUUUGUGGUGGAAAUAGUGUCGGCCCAUCAACUAAACUGGAGAGCUUGUACCCAACAAGCAAUAACACAAGCUUUUCUGCUUCUUCCCUGCUCUAUUCUUCCUCCUCCCACGCCAAAGUUGCCUUACAAUAGAGCUUUAUCGUAUAUUUAUUAGUUGAUUCACUAGUGAAAUAGACAUUUUAGGUUUGGCUUUGAGCAAAUACAUCAAAUAUAUUUGGCAUUUCUAGAUAUGAAUAAUUAGUAAUGUAAUGGAAUGGAAAAUCAAA